UCAGUCCAGACAGCUACAGACAACUAGCCAAUGGCUCCACUACUUACAACACAAAAGGCCUAUGCCGCGAAACUUGACGCCAAAGGCAAAGGUAAACGAAAAGCGGACGAUAUCGAUGGCAACGAUGGCGACGUUCAACAACCUAAACAGAAGAGGAACAAACAGCGUGUGCUGCUACUGUCUUCUCGGGGCAUCACGCACCGCAUGAGACAUCUCAUGAACGAUCUUGAGGCUCUACUACCUCAUGUCAAGAAAGAUUCAAAACUUGAUUCUAAGUCCCAGCUGAAUCUCCUGCCCGAGAUAGCAGACCUCAACAAUUGCAAUAACACGCUCUAUUUUGAGGCAAGGAGACAUGAAGAUCUGUAUAUGUGGGCUACGAAAACACCGAAUGGGCCCAGCAUUAAAUUGCACGUUCAAAACGUGCAUACGAUGGAUGAGCUGAAGAUGACGGGGAACUGUCUGAAAGGAAGCAGGGGCAUCCUCAGCUUUGACAAAGCUUUUGAUGAAACAGAGUGGGGCAAGCUUACGAAAGAGGUUUUCACGCAUAUAUUUGGCGUUCCUCCACUAGCUCGGAAAGCAAAACCAUUCAUUGACCACGUUUUGACAUUCUCUAUCGUCGAUAACAAGAUUUGGUUCCGCAAUUUCCAGAUAAUGGAAAAGGAUCCGCUGCAGCCAAACGGCCCACCUCAAACAUCUCUCGUUGAGAUUGGCCCCCGAUUUGUGCUGACGCCCAUCCGUAUUUUUGAAGGCGCUUUCGGUGGUGCAAUUGUUUAUUCCAAUCCUGAAUUUGUUACACCUGCUUCCGUCCGCUCAGCGAUCAGGUAUGCCAAAGGAGACAAAUACCGGCAACGGAAAGAAGCACAGGAGGAGACGUCGAAGAGAAAAGAGCUUCGUAAAAGGGAGGAAGAUAUACUGGCAGUGUCCAAGGUGUUUGCGUAGACGCCUACGCGUGUCCUUAACGCGAUAUUAUGUCUGAGCGGUAAGCACACCAACUUGGGGUGCUUAUAGGGUAUCUCUGGGUGAUUAUCGACGUGUUUUUGUAGCCGUGACACACGUUGUCUCGCCUUUGCGGUGACCUGUAUGCGUGUGUUCUAUAUCAGAUUCAUCGAGAUUCUGUGCUUCUCCUUUUUUGGAGCAGUUUUUCUUUCUACGACUGCUUUGAGCUCUCUAGCGCUCUAGCACUAGGCCCCGGCAGCAUUUUUCCAUUGUC